AUGGGAGCAAAAGAGUCCAGAGAAACGUUUUAUGCAAUACAGCAGGAUCAGCAAACGACCAUGAAGCAGAAUACAGCUAUCGCGAAACGAUUUGCUGAUAAUCAGGAAACAAUUAAACCGCAACAUGAAGCAGACGUUACACAAAUGGCUAAAUUUGUACUAGUACUCAUCGACACACAAACGAAUACAACAAAAAUACGUGAAGAAAAAAAAGAAGUUGACAUUGAAGGCACUACAUAUGAAAUGGUUGAAUUUAUUAGUCGAGGUGGCUUUGGUGAAAUUCAUAAAGCAAAAGUCAAAAAUAAAAACGUUAUGGUUGCUAUUAAAAUCAUGGAAAGUAAACUUAGCAUACAAGAAGAAAUUAAAAAUGAAAUCAAUUUUUUACGCUUAAUGAAACAAGUCCCUAUUGAUAAUCAUCCUGUGAUUGAAUUUUAUGGUAGUAAAAUAGAUAGAGAAGGCAUUUAUAUUGCAAUGGAAUUAGCUUCUUGUGAUCUUGGAACAUUUUGGUGUCAUCGAGUGUCCAAUGAAACAGUUGAACAUUUAGUGAUUAUUGGUAUAAUUAUUAUUGUUUAUGUAUUACGAGCUUUAACAUUUCUCGAAAAAUUAAAUAUUAUUCAUGGCGAUAUUAAACCACAAAAUAUUGUUAUUGUUGCCAAUGAAGAAUGCUUUCAUAUUAAACUAAUCGAUUUUGGCACGAUCGAAAAAAUGAAUACUCAACGUAUGCAACUUACAGUCGAUGCUAACAAAGCAUAUACAAUUUUUUUUGUUUCACCAGAGUUCUUAAAGCGUGACUCAAAAAAUUUAGUUUCGAGGCAUCUACACAAAAAAUCUGAUGCAUGGGCAGCAGGUGUAUUAUUUUAUCUAUUAUUUUGUGGCGCUUUACCAUGGAAAGAUCAGUUUGAAUACGAAAACUUUUGUAAUGAUCGUAGUGCUAAAGAUAUCAUUAUACCAGAAGAAGGUGGCUAUAAGAUGAUUAUCGAACUUCUACUGAAGAAAAAUCCUGAAGAACGUUCAAGUGCAAAAGAAACACUCAUGCAAUUAAAGGCACAUCCAAUAUUUGGAUCGAUUGUCGAAACGCUUCAUGAAAAAUUUUGUUCCGUAGAUGAUGUAUGCCAUAUGAUAGUGCCUGAUGAUGUUCAACAAGGUAUAGGUAAGCCAAUCACGGAAUCUGUAAAUUUUACAAAAUUUAGAAAACAUUUUUGUUUCUGUGUUUGUCUUUUCAUCGAAAAGUAUAACUAUGAAUGUACAGUUUACGAACAAAAAUAA